GUGGAGACGAGGAAGGAGAGGGAGAGAGAGAGAGAGAGAGAGAGAGAGAAAAGAAAAUAUCCAGGAGAGGAGAGGACACAUUGUGUUCCUGUGCUCUGUUCCUCCCUGGUUGUUCUUUGUUCAGAGCUCAGGGAUACAUGAGACGCUGCUUUUAAACAGGAACACUGAGGCUGCCUCCCUCUCUGCCUGUUUGGCUCGUGCUGCCGGGAAACCCAUCCAUGUCCUUCCCUUUGUCUCUCCAUAAUUGGCCACGGCGAGAUUUCACAGCCAGAGAGGAGGACAGCAACGUGGAGACCUGAAGCAGGAGAACAGAGAAGAAAGGAUGGUGGGAAUGUUUGAAAGGCAGACAAACAAACAAACAGACUGACUCGUCCACAGGCUCCCAGACUCAUCUCCAAGACUGCUUCCUUUGUCUGUCACUGGAGAUAACAAAGGAAAAUCUCUGCCUCUGACACAUUUCGGAAUUUAAAUCCAAAUCCAUGUGGAUGGUUGUGACAUGCUCUCGGUGCUAAAUCAUCACCGCAAACUGAGGUUUUAUUGUUCAAACAAGGAGCUGGUUAUGUGGGUGAUGUCUUCUUGAGGAGUCUCAAACCAGGUCUGUUUACUGCUUAUCAUGUGGAUUUAAUCCCUUGAACAUCCACCCCAUCAACUUCCAAGUUUUGAACCGUAGAAGUCGGGAAAACCGGUUGAAAUUGGUCUUUUGUGGCAACCAGACUGGGAAAUCAGAGAGGUCACAACCCCUGACAGAUUUUGUGGAUUUUUGCAAACCAAACAUCUGCACAUUUGAUGCAUCCUGUCCAGUGGUGUAACGGGUGUCUGUGUGACCUUGGAUUGCAGAACGUCGGCCCGCACUGCAAAAUGUCGUCUGAAGAGCUUUUCCACCUCCCGCUCAACGUCUACAUCAUCGUCCUGGGCAUUGGCCUCUUCAUCCUCAUGCUCAGCCUCAUCUUCUGCUGCUACCUGUUCAGGCUCAGGCGACAAGGCUCCAGAGAACAGUAUGGGUACAAUGAGGUUGUUUUAAAAGGAGCAGGGAAGAAGCUCAGCCUUCUUGGUCAAACGUGCGCCGUGUGUUUAGAAGAGUUUCGCAGCAGAGACGAGCUCGGCGUGUGUCCGUGUUCACAUGCUUUUCACAAGAAGUGUCUGCUGAAAUGGUUAGAGAUCCGCAGUGUGUGCCCCAUGUGCAACACGCUUAUAUGUCGCCUCCAGCCCGACCCCCCACAAGCACCUGAGCGACCGCAGAGCCUCCUGGAGGUCUGAGAGGGGGACACCAAUCCAGCAACACCUCAGGCUCUCUCUGGACAUUUGACUCCUGUCACUAUGGAGUGCCCUGUUUCACUUUACUGACAAAAGAUUGAAGUUUUAGUAAUACAAACAUGUCUUUGAGGCAGAGCUGCUCUGGAAAAGUAAAGAAGAGUUUAAAGUGAACUUUAAGUGCAGAUAGAAGCCACCCAAAAAACACGAUCCAUAUUCAAACAUGCAACCCAGAAAAUGUAUUGAUAAUUUCAAGUAGACUGCCCCUUAAAGCCUCCUGAGCUGCUUCUUCACACAGAGACCACAGAAGGAGAUUAGCUGUCUUGAAUGGGGGUAUGAUGCAGAAGUGGCGUACGAAGCAAUAGAGCCUGAUGCUAUUACAACAUUUGCUCGCCCUGACAUGCAGAAAUUUUACUAGACAUAGCAAUUUCAGGCAAUAUUCAGAAGUUUCAUGAGUUCAACUUUAAUUUGGGCUCCUUUCAAAGGUGAUGUUUACACCCUGGGACGUUUUACCUUUAAUGUAAAUGUCACAGAGGCGUGAAAGUCAUAGCGAUCCCUUAAGAGCAAAAUUAGUGGAGUGAGGGAAGUGCCGAGUCUGCUGUGCUGUGCUCUCUCCUGCUUCUGUAAUGCUGCAAUGCUGGUAAAAUACUUGAACUGCUUGUUAACCUGGCGUGCCAGAUAGGCUGCUUCCUAAACAGAUUGUAUGGGAUAUUUUCAUAUGCAUCUGGGAAACCUCCUAUACCAAGCUUUUGGGAAGGGCAGGACUUUUAAAAAAAUUCAUGGAAGGAUAUUGGACAAACAUGCUGUCUGUCACAUCAGUACAGGCCAAUCAGAGUGACAAGACAAAAUGAGAAAGUAACCUGAGCUCAACAGACAGGUGUUGCUGCUGGUUACGAAUGGCAAAGCUUGUUGGAUAAAGCCAUUGAGGCUGGUCGGUAGAAGUACAACAUCGUCUCCGCCAAGUAAAGCUUACAGUGUGGCUCUUUGCGCUUGUUUUAAUAAAGAAAUGCAGCCCAGUUCUAACAAAACUGCAGCUAUACUACAGAAACAUCCAAGCUAAAUGCUUCAUAUUGUAAAUACUAGCAAACUAAACCCGUAACUAUUGUUAACUGACACCAAAGGAGGUCGGUAGAAAAGCGAAAGCAUUUUUUCCUUUAUCAAAAGCUGUCAUUGCUGUUCUUUGCUUUGUGUUUAAUAGUUAUGUGGUCCAGUUCUGGUAAAACUACCACUAUACUACAGCUACAUCUGAGCAAAUUGCCACGCUGGCAUGAGCCAUUGCACACGGCUUCCAGUAUGAUUAAACCCCACCCAUCGCUACAGCCUCAUUCUCCUCAAAGAAUGCUGAUUGGUCAGAUCCUUUUUCAGACCUGGCACGGACGUUUCAGGCUGGAGCUCUGCAAGAUGGAUUUGUCUGAUGACAGACAUGGAGUCUGGCCAAUUCAUCAGCUUUGCAAGGUUAUGGUCUUGUAAAUAUACUCGCCUAUACUCAUGUGUUCCUAGCGGAUACAUCUUGAGAGCACACCAGAGAGCUCAGGUCAAAUACAACUAUCUGCUCUGUGGGAUGUAAACUACAAACAUGGAGAAACUUAGGCAGUUACUAUAGUUCUAAAGUCAGAAUUCAGUUAAUAGUGACAUCUGUACUCUAUAGUAAUAUCAGAUCAGCCCAAGCUGACGACCAGAAGACAAUUUCAAGCUGGUUCACCUUCUAUCAUCUUCUUAGCAAACUGGAUUGGAAAAGAUCAUUUUAAUACAUAACAGGAAAAUCUGACUGGAAAAUGUUCAGAACCAUCAGAUAAUCAGACCUCUAAUGGGGGCAAUCUGACCUAAAAUUGGCCUGAUUAUCUUGUAGUGUGAACUGGCCUCUGUGUUUGGCACUAUUUUGCAGUGCGUGCUUCAGCUAUUGGCUACAUGCUCUUCUGCCUCAGCAUAUCUGAUCAGAGACAAGAACAACAAACCAAACUAAAACUGGUUGCUUAGUUUACCUCUUCAGCAGCUCACACAUUGUUUUAAUCAAGUCAACACAUUGUGCUGACGCUAGCUUGUCUAGUUAUCAGCCAUUAAAAGAAUAAAGCAACAGCCAUAAACUUACUUGGAUGACAAGUAGGUUCCUCCAGUUUAUUUCUGGAGAGCUGAAGAGGGUCUAUAAAGCAUUGGCUUUCAGUUCAGUAAGACAGGGAACUCUGGGUGGGGAGUGAUGCAGCCUGCAGACGUCUGUGAGCUGCUAUCCUCGAUCAGGAAUGUCCUAAAGAAGCAUUGUAACCAAGUCCCACUCAGCCAAUCCAAAGUCUCCUCAGUCAGCAAGUUCACAUGUAUGGCUUUGAAUUCCAACAAACCAACUUAAAAAUGUUACAACACAACAAAAGAAAGGGUUUCCACAAAAACAGGCUGUUUUGGUUUAAUUUUUUUAAAGAUUGCAUACUUUUUGGCGCUAUUGAUGAUUUAAAAAUGGAUAUUGUAGGGCUUUAAAACAUGUGCUAUUGAACUAUUGGACAUUUUGAAGACCUUAGUUGGCAUCUUUGCAGAAUUUGGAGAUGGUAAUUUGUUGGAGAAUGCUUAAACCCCUGAUUUAACACUGAUAGCUUUAAAAUGUUGUUUACUUCUGCCCGAGACAGCUGUGUCAGUCCCUCAGCAUGUUAAGGAUGCCUUAUAGUGGCAUAUUUCUGAUGUGACCAAACUAAAGAGAUUAUUCCUGCCUUCGGAGCAGAUCUGCCUCUGAGAAAUGUUUGCAUGACAAACUUCAGUCUGGCCUAUUUCACUUUGUCCUGAGCUGACAUGCAGAGAGAGCCACAGAAAUAAGACAUGUGUUUCAUCACAACUUCAGAGCCCAGGGCUUCAAAAAUAAGACGAUUCAACCAGCAGAUACCAGCUUUGAAGAUACCAGGUCAUCCCACGGCUCAUUGUUGCCCCAUAUUUGAAGCAGACAGAUGGAAGACGUGCAGCUGUGGAAAGACAACUAAAAAAACAGGACUAUUGUAAACUAACAGGAAUGGAUGGUGUGUAUUUUGGUUGUAAUCUUCCAUUGUCCCACAAUCAAUCAGCUCCAUCCUACAGAGCCUUGCCAAGCCUAACGAAGCCCUGAAUGGAAAGAUAGAUGACUCAUAUGGGAUCUGAUAGAAAAGACAACUACGUGCUUUUACAUGUCUGUGCAGCUACGACUAUAGACCGUGUGUAUGACCUGGAUAAAGCCACCAGAAAGAAGCUUUACAUUUGCAUCAAACCCUACACACCUCUUCUAUUGGAGCCAAAAGUGACCUUAUUUGAAGCUCAGUUGGAGUAAAAUUAUUAAGGUACAUCUUUAAUUCUAAAGGCCUGAUUCAGUGAGAAUGGAUUGCACCUGCCAGUAUCUCCAAAAUGUGAGUGUAAUCUGCUUCCUCUAUCUGUUCCAGCUUAAGGUUUAAUCCACAAACCAUAUAGAGAUAUUGAUAUUCAGGUGCAAACACAAAGUUGUGCUGUCAUGCUGACAGAGCUCAGUUCUGUCCACAUAAAGAUGUUGAUCUAGCAGAGGUAAAGGGAAACCUUUUCAGAGAUUGUUUUGAUGUCUGACCUGAAAAAUAUUUCAGUUUAACAGUUUAAAGCAAAACUAUCUACCAGAAUGAGGCAAGCAAGGAACAUUUUUAAAAAAUCACUGGAGCCCCUGACUGCCCCAGACUAAUUUCACCUCUGGUUAGGAUAAUACUAACGUCAGAUUUAUACUUUCAGACUUUAUUCAAAAAUAAUUUAUUAUAAAGCAAAACAGAAGGGAAAUUGUUUUCCUGAUCACUGGAAAGUUUGUGUGUGACAUCCCCUAUAAACACUGCAGCACAGCCACCAUCUACAGGAGGGGUGUCAAACUCAAUCACAGCAGGGGCCGGAUUCUGAACUUGGGUCUGACCUAACAGGGUCCAUAUUUGACCAUAAAAUGUCAACCUUAUUUUUACCAUAAAUAAAUUAUGGGGGUAAAAAACUUGGCACUGAUGGUAAAUGAUUUUGCAAUUAAAAGAUGAACAUGAUAAGUUAAAA